AUGAUGUCCGGACCUAUUGCCACCCAGUUCGAGGCAUACAAUGCCCAGUAUGCGAAUCACUUCAGCCAUGCUAACAUUGCGGACUCGCAUGAAAGCAAGGUCUUGGUCCUCGUCUGUAUGGAUGCACGUAUUGACCCGGCAGAGGCCCUAGGUCUGCAGCCGGGCCAAGCCCACGUUGUGCGGAAUGCCGGAGGUCGCGCUAUUGAUGCGGUUCGAUCCAUUAUCAUCUCGCAACAGCUGCUCGGCACACGCGAGAUUGUGGUUGUGCACCAUACGGACUGCGGCAUGCUAGGCAAAUCGGACAACGACAUCAGGUGCAGCAUCAAGGACAAGACUGGCGAGGACGUGGACCACAUCGCCUUUCUUCCCUUCCGGGACCUGCGGGAGAGUGUGUUGGACGACAUUCGGCUGCUGGAGAGGAACCCCCUGGUGCUAGAUGUGCCUAUUACGGGGUACAUUUACGACGUCAAGACGGGGAGGAUUGAGAAGGUUGAACAUUAA